GGAAAUUCCGAAGGUAAGCAUAAUGGCUGUUAUUGGUGGGGUGACGGACUUCACUGCCGAUGUGUUUGAUUUCUUUGAUACGCCACGGAACGAGGAUAAUCACAUUCAAGAGAACACAAAGCCAGGAAAGGCAACAGGUAAACCUGGCAAAGAACCACCAAAACCACCCAAACAUGACGUUUUUCGUGCACAAAAGAAUAAGGCAAGGAACAGCAGGCGAUCACAUGGAAAUUCUGAUUCGUCUCAUUCGAGUGACAGUGACACGAGUGAUAUCGAGACAGAUUCUGUUGUUAGUUACAAAAGUGCAGAACGAGUGAAGAACGACAGAUCGAGCCCGGCAGUGGUGGUAAAGGGAGAGACUUACAGCGACGACAGCUUUACGGACAGCUCCAGUGCUUAUUCAGACGAAUCGACAGAUGAUGAGGAGGACAUUAUAGAAACAGAGCGAGAGAGAUUCAGGCAGAGGAACGAAUCAAAAGAGUCUAAAUCUAACAGACCUUCGGAUUUACAGGUACACAAAACACCUGUACAUGAGACGGAUUCAUCCAAGGAGGCAUGGUCAUCCGGUGGAAUUCACAAGGUAGAAAUACAUCCACAAAGGUCUGAUGUGGAGGAUGAGGAUGAUCGUGUAUCCAACAGACCCAGACCUAAGAGUUCAAAACCGAGAAGUCAAGGAAACAAUGAGCGUUUAUUCCGUGAAAGAUCAAAGUCUGGUUCAGAUAGUGAAAUGACUGACGUUUCCCCAUUGCCAUCACCUAAACACUCCCCUCGCUCACAUAAUGGACAUGAUAAUGUGCAAUAUGAUGAUGUACCUAAUAUAAAACUAGAAAAUAAGCAGUUGGAUCUCAGUGUUCUCAUGGAUGCUGUUCAGGAAAUAGAACGAGAGCAACAAAGACGAGAGAGACUAAAAAUAAACUCACGCAGGGUAAUGUUUGCACCUCCCAAGGCUCGGCAAACACCUGAACAUGGAAACUUUACAUAUGAUCAAGAUCGUGCUAAAACCAUAGAGAAAGAAAACCAGAGACUCUUGAAAGAAAUUAUGAAGCAUGUGGGUCCAAAGAAGAAACAACCUCAACGGGUAGCAGCAGAGCCAUUUGUUCAAAGACUGACACCCUCUGCAGUGAACAGGAAGAGGGAUCAGCGUCGCAUUGAGUCAGAAAAUUUGCAAAUGCUAAAGCGCCUCCAGUCAACUCAGUCAACACGUGGAAUGUCUCGCAAUGAACAGCUUAGUGAUUACAAACGCACCGUCUUGUACGGGGUUCCUGUGGCAGCUGUCCAACCAUAUGAGGGCACCAUGGGUCAGCGCACACGCAGCCUUACCAGUGUCUUCAGCAGUACCACAAACUCCACCAUGCGCAGUAAGAGGUCAAGGCCUGGAAGUGCUAAGUCCACAACAAGCACCCUCCGUCCAGGCAGUGCGAAGUCCAUUAAUAGUUUACGACCGGGCAGCGCAAAGUCAGUGCGCUCAAUGUGCAGCAGUAAUCAUCUGAGGAGCAGUAAAUCUGUAGAUACUCGUCCUGCUUGGAAUGACAGAUUUUCUUAUACUUGAUCUGGUGUCUAGAGUGUGGUUCGUCACUGCAUUUCUGUGCUGCACCCUGCAUAGUCCUUCAUAUUAAGCCUUAGUGCUUUAGUAGUAGUUAUGUACUUGUAAGGUAAUCAAGGUAAAUGUACAUGCUUGAUAUUAGCUGGAAAACACAGGCUUUGUACCUGUCAGAAAGGUCAAGGUCUGGCAGCCUCUAAACAACACAACAGGCAUGUAUGUUUACCUGCCAGAAAGGUGAAGGUCAGACUGGCAGCUGUAAUUAUAAAUAGCACAACAGGCAUGUAUGUUUACCUGCCAGAAAGGUGAAGGUCAGACUGGCAGCUGUAAUUAUAAAUAGCACAACAGGCAUGUGUGUUCACCUGCCAGAAAGGUGAAGGUCAGACUGGUAGCUGUAAUUAUAAAUAGCACAACAGGCAUGUAUGUUUACUUGCCAGAAAGGUGAAGGUCAGACUGGCAGUCUGUAAACAACACAUCAGGCAUGUAUGCUGACUUGCCAGAAAGGUGAAGGUCAGACUGUCAGUCUGUAAACAACACAACAGGCAUGUAUGUUUACUUGCCAGAAAGGUGAAGGUCAGACAGGCAGCUGGCUAGCAAUACUUGUCAGUUAUUGUGUUUAGAUACCUUGACCUCCAGAUGGGAUAUCAAGGUCAAUGAUAAGGUUAGGAAUACUUAAUAAAGAUCAAUUAACAAGAACUAGUGUAAGGUCUGACCAAAUCAUGUUUCUGUUCAUUUUUUUCAACAGUGAGAGGUUUGUGAUAGAUUAAACUUCAUUCAUAGAUCAUUCAAUGAAACAUUGGUAAAUAUAUCUGUCCACCAAACCUUUCCCUUAAUACACUGAAUCCAAGUGUCCUUUAUUGUGAACUAUGGAAGAAUAUCUGUAGUGUUAUUUGUAUUAGUCAUUGGAAUGAUUGUGUGUUAUUUUAAUUUCCUAUUAAGUUUUGAAUAUAAACUAGAAUGGAUGAGGUGAUACAUAUAACAUGUAUUCCUUGAAAUCUCAAUAAUUUGGCAGAUUCCAUGAUGAUCCAGUCUUGAAAGUAAAUCAGUUGUUAUGUUGGGUGUAAGUUUUGAUUGAUGUUGAUGGUUUAGCUGUAAGCUGCCAUGUGUAAUUUUUGAUGUUUUUCAUGGUGAGACAUUUGCAUUACUUUGUAACAUAAGGUUUACAAGUGGUGUAGGUGGUGCAAGGAUUUCAUGGUUAGUCACCCACAGUGAGAUGUUCACCGAUUUGUAAAUUGUUACAAAUAUUCACCACGUCGAUAUGGCAGUGAACAAAAUGAAUUCUUGAACACAGUAAAGGUUGAUAUGUUUUGUGACCGGAAACAAUGUGUUUAAUGGUGAUAUUUGAUGUAAAAUAUGAUUAGGUGUACAGGUAUUAGUAGUAUGUGAUAUUGAGUUGCAUAUUUAGGAAUAAUUUAUGUUGUCCUUAAAAGUGCUUAGUAAUUGUAUCAUAAAUAGCACUCAUCCUUGUAAGUACACCCCUGGUCAUACACCCCUGGUCACCCCUGGUCAUACACCCCUGGUCGUACAUUCCUGGAUCACACGUCAGUGGGUAAUAUGCCCCUGGGUAAUACACACAUGCGUAAUAUGCCCCUGGGUCAUACACUCCACGAUCAUACACCCCUGGGUCAUACAUCUGUUGGUAAUAUGCCCCUGGGUCAUACACCCAUGGGUCAUACACCCCUGGGUCAUACACCCCUGGGUCAUACACCCGUGGGUAAUAUGCCCCUGGGUCAUACACUCCACGAUCAUACACCCCUGGGUCAUACAUCUGUUGGUAAUAUACCCCUGGUUCAUACACCCCUGGGUCAUACACCCAUGGGUAAUAUGCCCCGGGGUCAUACACUCCGCGAUCAUACACCCGUGGGUAAUAUGCCCCUGGGUCAUACACUCCAAGAUCAUACACCCCUGGGUCAUACAUCUGUUGGUAAUAUACCCCUGGUUCAUACACCCCUGGGUCAUACACCCGUGGGUAAUAUGCCCCUGGGUCAUACACUCCACGAUCAUACACCCCUGGGUCAUACAUCUGUUGGUAAUACACCCCUGGUUCAUACACCCCUGGUUCAUACACCCCUGGGUCAUACACCCGUGGGUAAUAUGCCCCUGGGUCAUACACUCCACGAUCAUACAGCCGUGGGUGAUUUGCUCCUGUAUCAUACACUGCACGAUCAUACACCCAUGGGUAAUAUGCUCCUAGGUCAUACAUCUGUAGUCAUACACCCGUGGGUUAUAAACCCCAGUCUGUCUUUACUAGUACAUUAUAUAAUUUCUGUACAGAUAAUUAUGAUUUUGAUACGAGAAGCUGUUGAAUCUCCAUUAUUUAUCAUAAAGACUUGCUCAAGUGUAUAGACAUCAACAUCUCAGUCCUAGGUUUACUAUUGAUGGUGUGUGAAUUAAGUCAAAUACUGACUAAAGGUUGAAAUUUUAUAUUUCUUUGGUCAGAUAUUUCAAUAUGAUAUGACUUAAGUCAAAGUGAAGGACAAAUCUGUCUCAUGAUAUUUAAAUCUUCCUUCCUCAUCAAUCAUACUGUUCACAGAUGUAGGAGACGUCCUACCUAUAUAUAUUUUCUAUGUACUAUGAUUUACACCAGUUUCCAUAUUUGUGUAUGUGUAUUUCCAUGUAUAUAUAGAUGAUGAUUUACAAAGGGUUUUGUUGCCUCUGUAUAUUUGAUACUGAAUUCAAUGUGACCAUGUUUUAUGGCAGAGAUCAGUUUAGGCACAUUGAUUGUAAGUAGGUUUUUUUAUGUAGUCAUUAGCAAAAUAUCAUAUGGAAUUAAGCAUUGAAAGGUGAAAUUUUCAUUUGUCAAAUGUUUGUAGAUGAUGUUUGUAGGUAAAUAUUGUAUAUGUAGUUGCAUUAUCUUGUGUUGUUGUCACUACCUUCAAUGUAAUGUGUCAUACCGCAACAUCUUUUCCUGUCUUUAAACAAAAAUUUUCCAAACCAUUUAUAUGAUCCAAGCAAAACCCUGUAUAUGACAUUAUCAGUGGUUGUAGUUUCAGUAAACCACACACAACCCUGUAUAUGACAUUAUCAGUGGUUGUAGUUUCAGUAAACCACACACAACCCUGUAUAUGACAUUAUCAGUGGUUGUAGUUUCAGUAAACCACACAUAACCCUGUAUAUGACAUUAUCAGUGGUUGUAGUUUCAGUAAGCCACACACAACCUGGUGUAUGACAUUAUCAGUGGUUGUAGUUUCAGUAAACCACACACAACCUGGUGUAUGACAUUAUCAGUGGUUGUAGUUUCAGUAAGCCAAACACAACCCUGUAUAUGACAUUAUCAGUGGUUGUAGUUUCAGUAAGACACACACAACCCUGUAUAUGACAUUAUCAGUGGUUGUAGUUUCAGUAAGACACACACAACCUUGUGUAUGACAUUAUCAGUGGUUGUAGUUUCAGUAAGACACACACAACCCUGUAUAUGACAUUAUCAGUGGUUGUAGUUUCAGUAAGCCACACACAACCCUGUAUAUGACAUUAUCAGUGGUUGUAGUUUCAGUAAGCCACACACAACCCUGUAUAUGACAUUAUCAGUGGUUGUAGUUUCAGUAAACCACACACAACCCUGUAUAUGACAUUAUCAGUGGUUGUAGUUUCAGUAAACCACACACAACCUUGUGUAUGACAUUAUCAGUGGUUGUAGUUUCAGUAAACCACACACAACCUUGUGUAUGACAUUAUCAGUGGUUGUAGUUUCAGUAAGCCACACACAACCUUGUAUAUGACAUUAUCAGUGGUUGUAGUUUCAGUAAGACACACACAACCUUGUGUAUGACAUUAUCAGUGGUUGUAGUUUCAGUAAGACACACACAACCUUGUGUAUGACAUUAUCAGUGGUUGUAGUUUCAGUAAGCCACACACAACCCUGUAUAUGACAUUAUCAGUGGUUGUAGUUUCAGUAAGCCACACACA